UGCAUGUUCUAUCAAGCAUCAAGCACUUGAAGCGAGUGGUGUCGGUUGGAGAGAAAACUAGUUACAUUCUUAGUCUCACCGUAGCCGCACGGCAGUCACUUUAGCUGGGAUUUAAAGGGAGCCAGCCUUGCAGUUCGAUCAGCUCGUCACGACAGUGUUGGCGGUGCCGUCGGUUCUGUAACUAUGAAGGUGAAUUAUAUAGAAUUAGUUAAACCAACAGUUUUGUGAAAAUUGCAGUGUGAUAUAAGUGUUUGGAAGUGUUAACUCCAUAUCUGUAAAGUGAACCUGUUUUUGGGAGGCGAGCUUUGUAUGCUACGACCCAGCUGAACUUCUCUAUGCGCUACUUUUGAUGCUGAGUCUGUACGUCAGGAGCAGCCACCAAAAAACGUCACCCUGUCCGGCAGUGUUUUCGUACGACGAGCGAGAUGAUUCCUACGACACCUGGUUCGGCACUAUACGGCUGAAGAGCAAUGUGCCGCUGUACGGCAUCUUUGUGGACAUUAUCUUUUCCUCGCCCGUGCUAACGUUUGGGACAUUCCUGCGACAGCACAACACAGACGAUAAUGUGCACUUCCACAUUAUGGAUAAAUCGUACCGUGUGCGGGCUGGCGAGGUGGUUGUCGUCAAAUUCUUCGUACGCUACGCACCGGACCGACCGGUUCCACUGCUACGUCAGAUCCGGUUCAAUGGACAAAACAUUUGUACGGAAACGCGUCAAAAUCCGGCCCACUCAAGCGGAGCACGACCAUCCGGAACGAACUAUGGCAAUUCGCACGUAGCAACGUCACGCGAAACCGAGGACAUCAUUGCCGAUGUCUACACACCCGUAGUACAACCGAUCAAUUCCCACGUAACGCAUCCUCCCGUAGAAUCCCACGUACAGCCCCUGUACUCCUCUAGCUCCUCAAGUUCUGCGCGCGGUAGCAGCGGGGUGGCCACCAGGGCUACCACUACCGAUGGGAAGGCUUCUCACACCUCACCACCACGCACAGGCGAUGUGUAUCCACCGCGAUUCAGCAGCGACGAUCAUGUGGAACACUCGUCAAGCUCUAGAACUGGCAGUGUGGACGAGAAGGAUGAUCACGACUCUGAUCGCCAUAGAGUCGCAAAUCGACGUCUCACAACGACAACCUACCGUGCGAUCGCCGAGGAGCGUAAAUGGGACGUCCAACCAACGCAACGAUCGCUUCCAUCCGAACCUUCCAGAUCACCGAACCGUGUCUCGAGUGUACCGCUGAUCGCGGACAAAGGUUUCACCACGCUAGCUCCGGUUUCAGGCACAACAGCUACUCCGGCCAGCAAUCAGCAGCGCGAUCGCGAUCAGUACUUUGCCGGAGAUUACGCGUUCCUGCAGCAGGAUAGUUCUCCAAAAUCACCCCAAUCUCACUACAUCAACAAGUACGAGGGAGACAUCUGCGGUACGGUUGUCCCGAAAGCGAACCCACUGGUAACGCACGGUACCGUCUCCGAACGGGGCCAGUUCCCGUGGCACGGUGCCCUAUACCGUAGUACGGUGACGGAGUUAAAGUAUCUCUGUGGCGCAACGUUAAUAUCGCGCCGGGCAAGCAUCACCGCAGCACACUGUGUAACGCUGGAGAAAAGCACCAAGCCGGUCGAUGCGGGAAGUUUGCUCCUCUACUUCGGCAAGAUUGAUCUGGGCAAAUGGAACGGCCCGGAAGAGGAUGCUCAGAUCCGAUCGAUCCACAUCCCGGCCCAGUAUCAGCACGAGCGGUUCUUCAACGAUAUAGCGGUGCUGGUGCUGAAGGAGGACGUCAAGUACAGUAACUUUGUGCGACCCGUCUGUCUGUGGAACUUUGACGACGAUUACAAGACGCUGAUCAACAAGAUAGGGCUGGUGCCGGGCUGGGGCUACAACGAGCAUGGGCUGGUGAGUUCGCGGCUUUCGUUCGCCCAGAUGCCGGUGGUGGCACACGAAACGUGCAUCUGGUCGAACCGGGACUUCUUCAGCAAGGUCACCUCGGACACGUCGUUCUGUGCCGGCUUUAAGAAUGGUACGUCGGUGUGCAACGGCGACAGUGGCGGUGGCAUGGUGUUCAAGCACAACAACCUGUGGUACCUGCGGGGCAUCGUGUCGGUCAGUGCCGCACUGCAGGACCGGUUCCACUGCGACUCGAAGCACUACGUCGUGUUUACGGAUGCGGCCAAGUUUACGUCCUGGAUCAGGAGUCUUAUGUAGGGCGGCCGGCCGGCUUCGCAGCUUAGUAACUAUUAGUAUGAGCAUGUAAAGUACGACAAGAAUUUGUUACCAAAUAAACUUAAUACCCCCCAUUAGUACACCAAA